GUUUUAUUGGUGCUUGUUUCGACUGUAAGUGCUGAUAUAAAUUGGAGUUUAUUAAAGUGUGGUCUAAGUGAAGAGUCUCAGAAUGAACAAACUCGCUGUAAAAAUGCCUUUCCGGGUUUCUCCACCUCAAGAAAAUCCACUUGCAUUUUUUAUGGAUCCUGAAAUCAGCAAUUAUUGCAAAAAUUACAAAGCCGAGUAUAUAAAAUGGGCAGAAUGUCAUAAUACAUUUGACAUAAACUGUCAUGAUCCUGAAUAUCAAGGCCUGGUCACGUCUAAUUCUGGUAUACAAUCCGGCAUUGAAUAUUUCUGUGAAAGAGAGGCCGACGGUUACAAAUUUGAUACAGAAUGCGAUGUAUUUCAAAAAAAUCCUGACAGCAAUGAAUUGCAAGAGUGUUUUGAUCAACCAAAUGGACUAACAACUCCCUCUACUGGUAAUAUAACCUAUGAAGGGUACAAGUAUAAUCUCUGUCGUUCUCGUCAGAUCGGCUUAAAUUGUUUAAGAAAUGACGAAACAUUCAAAACGGAAUGUCCCGAUACACAAACUACGUUUGUUACGGUGUACGAGAAACAGAUUCCACCUGCUUGUAAUGCUGGUAACGGUGAUAAUGGUGGUAACAAUGGUAACGCUAUUUACAACACAGGAAUAUGGAGUGUGAUUGUAAUUACCUACCUGAUCAGUUUAUUUAACAAUUAAAAUAUCAACACUCAUUGAUUAAUAAGUUUUAAUUUAUCAAAUCUUUAA